AUGAGACUCUUGGAAACUCUCCUGCAAAUAUGCCACCUUGGCCUGUUGAUCUCUGCGAGUGAAAUCACCGAUGCCUCAAAAUCUUCCCUGUCGGGGGAAGGGAUCUUACCCCUCCAGACAGCUGGUGUUGUUGUAAAGUUCUCAGUCUUCGCCCAUGACAGUCUAUCAAUUCGUAAGACAAGUGGAGGAGACAUUUUCGAGGUAGUUGCUACUUCGGACCAAACAAGUUCAGCUGGGUCAGUUCUUGAUCUCUUGGACGGAUCUUACGAGGUGGAAUACACUCUUUCAACAAGUGGAAAGUACAAUUUACAUGUGCACCUGCUCUCAGUCGGAGGGUUGCGAGCCGAAUAUUUCGAGAAUGUUUGGCUGUUCUACACGCCAUCUGAAGUCUUGAUAGAGAAACAAAUCUCCCAUGAGUGGGGCAAGAGCAAGGUGCUGACUGUUGGUCCAGAUUUCUUCAGCGUUCGUUGGACAGGAAGGAUCAAGUCUGCUUUCUCAGAGGUCUUCACAUUCUUCGUGGAGGCGGAUGAUUCAGCCAAGUUGUGGAUUAAUGACGUGGUCUUGGUAGAUUGUUGGGAUGUAAGAUGUGCAGGGGUAGGUGCCACCAUGUCAAUGUCAGCAACUCGUUUCUACAGUUUUCGAAUGGAGUACAAGGAGUUAGAAGCAGAUGCGCACGUGCGCUUGCUAUGGAAGAGCAAGUCCGUGCCCAAAGAGGUUGUGCCGCCGGAUCAUCUGUUUUAUGCCCAGACUGUGUUGGGCUCUCCUAUAGAAGUUGAUGUCAUGCCAGGGAGAACGUCUGCAUCUUUGUGCUCUGUGACAGGAGAUAGCUUGACUCUGGCGACGGCAGGAAGUCUCAGUCGCCUCACAAUCAUAGCAAGAGAUGAUUUUGGAAAUCUGAAGACGCAAGGAGGAGACACUUUCUUCAUCCAGAUUGUUACGAAUGAAUGCAUUUAUCCAGGUUCCUGGAUUCCUUUUGCCAGCUGCAAUGAAAACAAAAUCACGAAACCAUCUGUGCAAGACAAUCUCGAUGGCAGCUAUGAGUUUCAAUAUGUUCUUCUUGAGGCUGAACGGCAGUCACUGCUGAACCUUGAUUUGCUAUCAAGCUGUCAGCUUACUGCAACGUAUUACGAUACCUCAGACUUGCCUGUGCUGACUGAAAGUCAAGAGCUCCUGAGCUCUGGUCGAUUUGUAUUCUCUAACCGUUCUCAUGUACCAUGUCUCAAGGUGAAAGUAGGCGGAGCUGUAAAACCUGCACUCUCGGACAACUACAGGUUCUCAGUGGACCAGGUCCAGGGGAUGUCAAAUUUCAGCAUCACAGUCCUGCUGGACGAGAGUGUAAUCCUGCACAAUGAAUCGGUCUCUACGGCAAAUGUGUUGACGAGCUCUGAAGUCCGUAUGGAUGCCACCAACUUUUACGAUUUCUCCUUACAAGUUCGAAUUUUUGACACCAUCACCAACACCCCUCGCUCAUUCAGCUUAUUAUGGGAAUCUGCUCAAAUGCAACCUACAUUCAUGCAGUCUUGUGACAUUUUUGGAAAGGGUAGCUGGCAAGAUAGACCAUACUUGUUGAACGUGCGGCCAUCCCAAGUUUGCUCAAGCCGUAGUUAUGUGUCACUGAAUGAAUUUUCCAUGCUUCCUCUGGAUGGGACAAAUUUUCCCAAUGGUACUGCAGGCAAACAAUUUUCAUUCCUCGUGAAUGCACGGGAUCAAUAUGGAAAUCCGACAUCUUUCUCACAAUUCUCUGAUCCUGUCAAUGUCAGGCUGGUAGGAGCAGACACGCUUGCAGGAAACGUGAUUUCUCAAUCGAACGAAUCACGUCAGAUUUCGUUUGCAGCUACGAAAGCAGGCACUUACGACGUCAGAGUUGCAAUUGGAACUUCUUUGGUGUACAACUCACCUUUUCGGCUGAAUGUUCAACCAUCGCACAGAAGCAUAAGAAGCAGCUCAGCUUUGGGGGUUGGGCUGACUCUUGCAACAGCUGGAGAUCUAUCAAAAGUUACUCUUGUUGCUCGAGAUACAUUCGGCAACCUCAAGUCUUGGAAUCCAAAGUGGACAGAGAGCUUCUUGUGCACAUUUGUUGAGAGGGGGACUGGUUUGAUUGUUCAGUCACGGACGUCUUCCCCCCCUUUUGAUCCAGCUCAAGGUUCUUACUUGAUUGUCCAAUAUCAGAUGACACGAGCUGGAGAAUAUCUGCUGAGCAUUGCUGGAACUUCGAGCAUGUACGAUGGAGUUGUAGGAGGACUUCCUUUCUCCAUACACGUUGAGCCUGCUUCACAAUGCGCGACAAGUUCGUAUAUGCAAUCUGCUUCGCUCUCUAUAGCGACGGCAGGCAUGAGUCAAUCAUUCCAGAUUUACAUUAGAGAUCAAUAUGGCAACGAAGUGCUUGCAAAUACGAAUUACAUUUUCGCAGCUCUGAGAGUUCCACAUGACAGCAGUUUGUCAUGGGCUGUUCCAGAUGCGAUUCUUUCUGCAACAUAUACCAGCGAUCCCUCAUGCGUGGAAUUCACCUCGUUUCCAUACAGGUCGACAGUCAAUCUAGUUUUAUCCAUGUUGUUAGAUCAUGGUGGGCUGACGACGACCUACUACUUGUCGUCGAUGGCUUUUGAGGAUACACAGACGAGCUCUUUGGUCACUCAGAAUAUCGACGAAGCAGUUAACUCGGGCUUGUCAUUUUACAUUAUCUCUAUUGAAGGCAUCAUUUUGCCACCGCAGAACGGAAGUUUCUUUUUUGCCAUCAGCGACAAUUCUUCUCUUCAAGAGGCCAGAUUGACUUGUUUCGGUUGCAACUUGACUAUGUCGCGAUAUGUUUUGAAAUGGGCGGCAAAUUCUAGCAACUUCUCGUCCAUAUCGACCGCGAGAAUGUACCAGGCACAUGAGGUCCGUGGCAGUCCUUAUGACUUAGCAGUCAAACCAUCUGAAAUUGCAACGAAUCAUUCUUUCAUAGCGGGCACUGGGAUAUCAUUAACCACGGCUGGCGUAGCUUCGUCGUUUCAUGUGCAUGCUAAAGAUAGGUUCGGGAACGACUGCGAAAGCUUAUGUGACGGUCUCUGUCAAAUGGAAUUCUUCGUGUCCAACCUUUCAUCCAACCAAUAUCUGCAAGCUUCGACUCAUUUGCAAGAUGACUGGAAUUCUACCUUGACUGCAACCAAGCUCCGCAUUGUGCAAAACCUGACGUUGACAAUGAAUGCAACUUUUGACUAUGUACUCAACGAAUCAGGAAUCUAUGAGGUAAGGUCUACGACAACUCUGUUUGUUUUUAUGACAUCUUUUAUGCUUAAGCUGCUCGGACGUUUGCUCAAGACAGGAGGUCUGCAAGGGAUUUACUAUGAAAACACAGACUUCACCGACCAUGGCUUGUCUCCCAACGGCUCGGUCGCAGGCCCAAGUUACUCAAGGGUGGAUGAAGUCAUCGAUUUCAACUGGAAGAAAACAGAACGUCCAGUCCCCGGGCCACAGGUGACCUUCAAGGAUAUCGGGCCAGAUUUCUUCAGCGUCAGGUGGGCUGGUUUGAUCAUUCCACCUGCAAGCGCUGUUUGGACAUUCAAGAUGGAGCUGCCUGCUGCGAGUGGUGCCAAGUUAUUCAUCGACGAUCUUCUGAUUCUUUCGAUCCGCCAUGAUUUCUUGGGUCAGUUGGCGAGUUUUGUCGAAGGAACCAUAGCUCUGAUGUCGCAACUCAUGUAUCCAAUCCGCAUUGAGUACCAAAGGUUCACGUCCGAUGGGCCCAUCCGCCUUCUCUGGAGGAGCCAACAACAAGCUGAGCAAGUAGUCUCAAAGGCAUACCUGGCUUACUGGAGUAGCUCGGGGGGCCUGAGGAGCAGCUUGCUGAGGGUGGAGGCUGGAAAAUCUUGUGCGAGUCAAUCAAGAGCGUCAGGGACGUCCAUCUCGAUUGCAACAGCAGGAGUGUUGGUAAGUUUUACCAUACAGAGUCGAGAUGCCUAUGGAAACGAGAGGAAAGGGCCUGACAAUGGAGUCCUUCCUUUCGAAUGGUCUUUGUGCGACCUCGUUCGUUCUGGAACCAUCCUACAAGUUGUCUCGGCAACGGAAAUUAAGCUCGACAACGUAUCGGCAAUUCAUGGAAGGAUCUUAGUUGACAUGUACAUACAUUUCCAUGAGACUGGAGACAACCGCAGAAUCAUCGACAAUUCAAAUGAUAACACAGUCUUCCUGGAGACUCCUACUUCUAUUCCACCAGUGGGUUCAAGAUAUGUCAUUUACAACCCUUCAGUGAAAGACGCCACAAGAUUACAGGACUUGUCUUACGGAGAACCUGAAUUCUUCGCUCGCUAUAUACCAAACCUCCCUGACAAUCCGGCAUCAAAGCUCUAUCUCAACUCCAUGAGUUCUCUUUCCUCUGACGGAGGGUUGUCAGCUACGUACUACUCAAGCUCUCAAGAUGUUGCCUUUCCUAUCUGGAGCUCUUCUUGCCUCGCAGAGUCUCCAUGUCAAGAAGUUCCCUUUGAAAACACACCGUUAAUUCAAUCAGCCCGACGGUCUCUUGCAAGUUAUUUGACGGAUACAUACCGAGUGGACUUCCAAGGGUCGAUUUCAUUUCCUGAUCAAGGGGUCUACAACUUCUCGAUAGACUUCGAGCCUUCAGAUCCUAACGUCAUUGAACGCCUAAAGUUGUGGAUUGACGACAUCCUUCUGAUUGAUCAAUGGACUUCUUUACAGUCCAUGAAUCUGACAUGCACUGUCAAUGUGACUGAUUCAUACCCUGUACUCCAUCCGAUCAAGAUUGUUCUUUCGAGCUUCUCUAAUAGUACAAACAGGGUGAUGCCUUUGAAAUGGAGCAGCGCUGCGUCAAGUCAAGUCUUUCAAAACACUCCCUCAUCUUUCUUUUAUCCAUGGUCGGGCAACCACCUCGCCUACGGUGUUGUUACCCUUGCCGGUUCUUACAAGACUUCUGUCUCGUUGGCAAUAGCGCAGACAUUGUACGCAACGUUUUACAGCGAUGACGCGAUUCCGACUCCAAUAGAAUCUAGGAUGGUGAACAGUUACAAGACAAAUGCUAUCAUGACUGACCAACUUCCUUCGCUAUGGAAUUUUAUUCGGUGGCAAGGCUUAUUAAGACCGAAAAUAUAUGAUGUUGAGGUACAAGUUUUUACAUUCAAGCUCGCAUCGACGGGAAUUGUUCCAAAACUUCGCUUUUGGUUCGACAAUCAGAUUGUGAUUGAUUCUACGGAGCAAGAGGAUCUGACUGAUCUUGAAGAACAAGUUGAAAGUCGUCAGGCUGCGUCAUAUUUCGAUUUUACAAUUGAGUAUUUCUAUAGAUCAAGCUUGACGGAUGACUGGGAGAUAUCAUGGAAGCAGUGUUCACAAUCCUUUUGUGACGAAUCUUUUGUCGACAUUGACAAUAGUGUGUUUGGGGAUUGGAUGGUCAGCAGCCAUGAUAGUGUAGAAUUUUAUCCAGGAAUUCUUUGUGCUUCAACGAGUUUUGUACAACUGCCUGAGAUGCAAUAUGCAUCUGCAGGGCAAAAUGUUUCCUUCGCUUUGAUCACACGAGAUGAAUUUGGAAACAGGAAGUCUCAGGGCGGAGAUCAGUGGCUUGGUUGGUUGCUUCCUGCAGAUGUCUGGGACAGCAUGAAACCAAUCAAAAACUCAACAUCCUAUUCCUGUCCAGGUUGUCAGAUCAAUUACGGUGUGGUCAAAGAUGACGGCGAUGGAACUUAUUCUUUCAAUGUUGUCACAAAUAAGACUGGAGUAUACAAGUUGAUGGUGCAAAAUCUUGUUCAGGAAGGAUUGUCUGCUACUUUUUAUACUCUAGAACAGUAUGAUUAUUCCACAAUUUUGUCCAGCAAAAGCAGAGAAUCGAUCCAGUCGAUAGGUGAUUUUACAAGUCUCCCGGCAACCAUCUGCAUUGCGAGCGAUAUAAAUUGCACCCAAGGCACUGGGACAGGAACUGACCCGUUCGGAGUUAUGUGGAGAGGCUUCGUGAAGAGCUUACAGAUCGACGAGUACACCUUCAGCUUGUUGCUAUCCAACAAGACUCAGGAAGUGGAGCGACUGAAGUUGUGGGUCGAUGGAGCAAUUCUUAUCGAUGAAUGGAGUUCUCUAUCUAUGACUGACCCUUCCGCAACUGUUUACUUCGGCUCUACGAUGGACUUCCAUCCUAUCCAGCUGGAGUAUCGGUACAUUGGGAACAGCACAACGGCACCUUCCUUGUCUUUUGCGAUCAAAGAUCACCUCGGAAACGAGAGUGUCUUGGCGUUCUCGUCUUACGAUGUCUUUCAAGGGACUGAUUCAUGGGUUGAUGCAGACACUGGAGGAUUGCUCAACAUCAUUGCGGGGGCAACAAACGCAUCUUUGAGCCGAUGCUUCGGCUCAGCGCUGACCAUCGCAACCGCUGGUGUGGAAUCCACUUUCAGCAUCAAAGGAGUUGACAGCUAUGGGAACCUCGUCGAUCGCUGGGAGGAUCCAUGGGCAGUCACCUUGUCAACCAGCACUACAAAUGAGAUACUGAACCUCGCGAAUCGAGUUUUUAUAGAGAAACAAGAGUCUUCUUGUGGUGAAUAUGUAGCAAGCUAUCAGACAUCUCUAGCAGGAACUUUUGAUUUGUCGGUUCAAAAGUUGAGGGCUGGUGGAUUGAUGGGGAUGAUUUACGACAACGAAGCUUUCUUGGGUCAGCCUGUUGACGUCAACGUGUCAAUCGUGGACUUUCAAUGGAAUGAUGGGCCCGUUCAUAUCAACGAUUGGAGUUCAGAUAUGCUGAAACAUAGAACAUACAUGUCAGACUAUGUUUCAGCCGUAUGGGAAGGCUUUCUUACGCUGGACAUCGAUGACAUGUAUUAUUUCUACAUAUAUGCAGGAAACAGUGAUCAGGUAACUUUGACCAUUGAUCAAAAAGACUACCAUUGGAUGGGAUGCAAAGUCAUGCAAACUGUCUGCAGUCAAAGCGAUGUGCAGGAUCCUUUCGUUGGAAACCUUUGGAUGAGUAAGCAUUCCAUUCAUUCCAUCAGAAUCGAAUACAAGCAUCGAAUUGGUGAGGCGCACUUGUCAUUGAAAUAUGCAUCCUCGUCACAAGAGAAGACCGUCAUCCCAUCUACAAACCUCUUCAAUUCAGCACAACAUGUCUUGAUGUCGCCGUUUCCACUCACAGUGAUCAGCUCGACAGCUUCUUGUGCGAACUCAAGUCUGUUUGGAACAGGGCUCUCUCUGGCUACCGUCGGUCUCGCCUCCAGUCUCUCACUGCUGCUUCGAGACUCGUUCGGCAACAGGAGAUCUGAUUCAGACAAAGACAUCGUCGCCUUUCUUUCACAACCUCCGGGAAAGAAUUUGCAUGUCGUCUCUGCUCUGGAUGUGACGAAAGGACUUUAUGAUCUCACAUACACUCCUUAUGUUUCCGGCAACCACACUCUUGAAGCUUAUCUUGUCGAUGGUGGGGGACUUUUUGCAACUUUCUAUUCCAUAUUGAACGAUUCCGCAUAUUCUCCAUUCUUGGUCUCACCCACAUACACAAGUCUCUUAGAUUCAAUGUUUUAUGGGGAAGGACUUUCGGUCGCCACAGCAGGCGUGACGGUCUCGUUCUCUAUUGCAUGUCGAGAUGUGUAUGCCAAUCCUCAGGAUGUCUGCGCAGAGCAGUUUGCUCUGCAGAUCACAGAUCAGGCACAAACGAUCCAACUUUAUACCAGUGUGUUUACUGGAAAUGUGGGCAACUACUUUGCGACAGUCGCAGGAACAUAUUUUCUGAAGAUCUCGCUUGGAAAGGGCAUAAAACAAUUUGUCAUAAACGUGAAUCCUGGAUCCACAUCGAGUGCUUCAUGUCAAGCUGAUGGGAUUUCCUUGACAAUAGCUACCGCGGGGUUUGGAGCAACUUUCUCAAUUCAGUCAAAGGAUGCCUUUCAAAACAUUCGUACAAACAGUGAUGAUACUUACAGAAUCUUCAUUCAGGGAACAGAUAACCAAGUCUACAAUGCAAGAGCUGAAUAUGCAUCAUUGUUGCCCAACACUUUGCUUGGACAAUCAACUGUGUCUUACAGAAUCUCAACGAGCGGAAACUACACUCUGAAUGUUCAAAGCGCCUCUGAUGGAAUUGGGGGAUUGAAUGUCGCUUGUCAUGAAGAUGAAACCUUUCCUUCGCCCUUCUACAUCGCAGUAGCUGCACCAAAUGUCCAAUGGUCGUCCGAUGGUAUCUGCCAGUCACAAUCAGGAACUCUUGUCUCGAAAUUUGCAAAGUGGAGUGGCUUCAUUUCUUCACAGUACGCUGAAGAGCACACUUUCAUCGCAAACAUCGGAUCAUUCACAGAGAGGCUGAAACUUUGGAUAGAUGAUGCUUGGAUCAUUGAUCAAUGGACAAGCUUACACACGACAAACUUGCAGGCCAGUGUCUGGAUGGUCCGAGAUGUCAUGGUAGAGAUCAAGAUCGAAUACAAAACUCUCGCAAACUCUGGAAGCAUAGAUCUGUCAUGGAAUUCUCUCUCUCAACCUCAGAGUUCAGUUCCUACCUCGCGACUGUUCUACGCGUUGGAGCACAUUCAUGGGAGUCCUUUCAGUCUUGCCGUUUAUCCAGCUAACACUUGUGGGUCCCUCUCGACAGCCUAUGGCACAGCCGUGUCUCUGGCCACAGCUGGGCUUGCAAGCUACGUGACCAUUCAAGCGAGAGAUCAUCUUGGCAACAACGCGUCUAGUAAUGAUGACCUCUUUGUGAUACACGCACGGAUGCCGGGCCAACAAGAUAUCAGGGGAAGUGUCAGCUCUCUUGGAAAUGGCUUGUACAAAGCAGGUUACAUCCCAACCACAAAGAAUCGUGAGGGACAAGAGUUGUUCGUUCAGAUGGCCAUUCCAGGAGGGUUGAUGGCAACUUAUUAUGAAGAGUCAAACUUCACAAACCCAGCACGGACAAUCAUCUCACCAACAGUCACGUUUGACUCCAAUGCUUCUCAUCCCUGGAAUCCUUAUGGGACUGACAAGCAGACAUACUCAAUUCGCUACAGUGGCUUCAUAAGGCCUCCCGGACAGCAGAGCGAUGGUGAUAUGCUUUAUUCCUUGUCUAUAGACUACAAGAAGGUUCCAUUCAACGCCUCGAAUGGUUCUCUGUCUUUCUACUAUGAGUAUCAGAGCUUGCCAAGGGACUCGAUAUCAAGCAGCAGACUGUUUCAGAGUUUCGAUCUUUUCUUCGUCACCGCAGGUGUUUCUGGGUUGCAAGCAACGUAUUACACGCUGGACUGCGACGGGGCUUUCAAUGGAACUGCUGGUUAUACGGGGCAAGAGAAGGAAUUUUCCUGGUCCUCCUGGACGUAUUCUCAGAACGUCCUGCAGGUUUCAAAUUUUUCUUUCGAGGUCAGAUGGGCAGGGUUGCUGCAAAUGGCAACUGCGCGGGACUACACUUUCUGGGCAUCAUUCGGAGAAAGCUUGAACGGAGACUACACCACAAAUGAUCGUUUGUCCCUUUGGAUCGACAGCGAAGAGGUGAUUGCUCAGUGGAGUUCUCUACAAACUGCUACUCCAUCCGGCACUUUUCAUCGUUUCGGUGAUGACGAAUUCUACCGGAUUGAAGUGAGUUACAAGCAUGCCUGCUCUACCACCCUUCCGACGCCUCCACGUCUCUUCUGGAUGUACCAAGGUCAAACGCCGGAGAUGAACUCGUCGAGCUUGAUUGUUAACUCUGCGCCAAUCCCGAUACUUCCGUGUAACAGAUUGUUCAUCGCCAUGACAGAAUCUGAAAUUAAGAGGAACGAUUUUCAGAUUUGGAAUUCAGAUUACUACGAUGCUUCCUCACCUUUCAACGAGAACCGUCAGAUUCCGAGCAGAAGAGACGUGUGGGCAGUUACGACUGAUUGCCCCCUCCAACCAGGAACGACUGCACAUGAUAGAUGUAGAGGUCAAGGUGUGAGAUUGAAUUCUCCUCUCCUCGUACAGAUUCAACCUGGUGCUAUCUGCGCAACAAAUAGCAUCAUAUCUGGUGCAGGCCUUGUGAUUGCAAGCGCUGGAAUCCCAAGUUACUUCUCCAUCUUCGCUUUGGAUGCAUACUCAAAUCAGAGAGAUACGCUUGAUGAUACUUUCAACCUUCGGGUUGUAUUUGACUCCUCUUUCACAAAUGACAAGUACAACUACACAGUCACAGCAAGCACAACCCCUGUCUCAGCCAAUCAGAAUCGACAGAUGGUAGUAGACAGCAGCAAUGUUUAUAGCAGCUUCUACGAAGCCGAGUUCACUGCAACGAUCUCUGGAUACUACAACUUGUACACAUCGUGUCUGUCAUCUGAAGGCAAUGGACUGUUUGCUGUCUAUUUUGAUGGGAGUAACCCCUUCCAAGGGUACAGGAGCACUCGAGUUGAUCCAAAUAUCAACUUCGAGUGGGGUAACGACCCUCCUGCCCUCUACUUUGCUGGUGGCGGGAAACCAUUCUCCGUUAUCUGGACGGGAUACAUUCAGCCGAAUUCGACUGGAGAUCAUUUCUUCAUGGCAACCACUGACGGAGGGCUUCAUAUUGAGAUUGAUGGCCAAAUCCUGUUAGACGAGCUGAACAAUAUCGCGUCAACCACGUGGAUUAAGCAGACGAAGCUCGAGUAUGGUCUGACCUACAAGAUUCUCAUCGAAUAUAUUCAUCGCUCGGGAUAUGCAUUCUUUAACCUUCAAUGGCAGUCUCCCGAGACGAAUUUCCAAAUCAUUCCCUCCGCAUCUUUGUUUCCCUCGUCGCAGACGCUGGGGGCUGGAAUGUCAAGGUUGACAGUUAACCCAGGACAAGUUUGCGGAUCUUCAAGCUCGAUUGAGGGUUCCUUCAUCACUAUCGCGACUGCAGGGUCUCAAAGCUCGUUCUAUGUCAUAAGCCGCGAUGCUUAUGGAAACAUGCGAGACACUUUGACAGACCCGAUGUACGCCCGGUUGUAUGCUCCUGACCCUCAAGCGUCUUUGUAUCAACAAUUUUCGGGCAUGGUCGACAGUGGUGCAACCAUCCAUGAACUUGACACAGUCCCCUUCGUGCAGACAGCUUCAGAUCCCCGAGGAAACAAACAUCAAUUCUCCUACGUUCCCACUCAAUCUGGCCUGAGCGAACUCAAGGUGGAUAUUUUCCAGCUUUCGACUUCAAACGGAUCGAUUUGGGACCUGGGAAUAGUGAGCGGUGGGUCCAACUACUCAGACGAGAGUGAUAGUGUCGCUCUUUGCGAACCUCCUUGUGUUGGCUCAGGGUUUCUUGGGCGGUGUCACGCUGAAUCUGGUAGUGUGAAUUGGAUUGAAAUCUUAUCCGGAGGUUCGGGCUAUACCGUCGACUUUCCCCCUUCAAUCUCCUGCGCUGGCAACGGCAGCGGGCUGGUGCUCAACCUGACGAUCUCUUCUCAGAACACCUCCUUUGCCUUCGGAGGUGGUCUGACGGCAACUUACUAUGACGACGCAGACCUGACGCUUCCAGCUCGCUCACAGUCAAACUCUCCAAUCGACUUUAGCGUGACGAACUAUGAGGUUCCUUUCAGCCUUGGCAAGGACCAGGCCUUCUCUGUCAGGUGGAGUGGACUACUUCAGGUCCCUUCUGUCAGGUGGAGUAAGAUCGGAGCGAGACUGUACGCGUCGGAUGAACGAGUCAGGUUGUGGGUCGCACAGUCCCUUAUCAUCGAUCAAUGGACUUCACUUGACAGUCUACAGACGUCGGCGUCUAUCACUCAGAGAGCAUAUCAGUUCUGGGACAUCCUAGUAGAGUACAAGAAGGACCCGAGCAGCCUGCCAAAGAUGAACACGGGCUUGUCCUUGUUCUGGAUCAGUAGUCUGAACCAAUACCUGACUCCCAUCCCAAGGUUUCAUCUCUUCAGCUCUUCAGCUCUGAGCAAUUCUCCUCUUGCAGUGCGGGUGGUGCCCAAUCAGGCCUGCGCAACCUUGAGCAUGGUGACGGGUGACGGGUUAUCGAUAUCAACGGCGGGAGCGAGCACGUACUUUGUCAUUCAGAGCGUGGAUGCUUUCUCCAACUUUCGAUCAGAGGGCGGCGAUCAGUUUGUCGUUCGGAUAUUCAGUGACGCUUGUCAGGAUCCAUUCAACACGCUACAGUCAUGUCAGUCUUAUGGACCACAAAUCAAAGGUGCCUAUGCGGGGAUGUACUUCACAUACGGCAUCCAGGUAGUCUCACAAUCUGCUUCUUGUGCCUUGAGUGAAGGAAAAAUACAAAUCGACCUUGCGGGAGACCUUCAAGGCUUUUACAUCGAUUUCAACACCGGGGCUUGCGCGGGUCGGUGGACGGUGAUCUCAGGUUAUGAUACCAGUGCUCGAUGUGCCAACUUGUCUUCCAUUGAUCAGCUGUGGAUCGAUGGAUCGUCGCCUUGCACUCCCGCCCUCAACGACCUCUUCUUUCUUACUAUGCCCACCGUCGGCGCUACUCGAUACUUCCCUCCCCUGGUGUGCGCGGGUUGCCCCGUCUCUCAACCAGCAAGCCUCCUGGACAAUCUUGACGGGACAUUGUCUGUAAGUUAUGUCGCAUUCCUGCGCGGUGAAUUCACCGUCAUGACAUCUCUAUCCCCUGAAAACGGUCUGACAGCAACUUACUACGACAACUCAUCUCAAACGGGAACCUCCUACGACUUAGGAGCCGGUGACCCGAUCUCUUCGCGGUCAGUCUACAACAUCGACUGGUCUAGCGCGAGCUCGCCGCCGCUGCCAUCCGUGUCAACCGCAAGCGGCUUCGGGGUGCGAUGGACAGGAUUUUAUUAUUCAGCAGGAGAUUCUGUUUCCAAGAAUCCAAUCCCGUCCAACAGACUGCAUCAACGCUUUGAUGUUCCAAACGCCUUCGGUGCUCUGAAAGUUUUCGGUGGUCAGGUUUGCUCGGGGAAAUCCAUUGCGUACGGUGAUGGAUUAACUUUGGCAUUUGCUGGACAAUACGCUUCGUUCACAAUCGUUGCGAAAGAUUCUUUUGGGAAUGUCCCGAUGUUUACUGACGUCUCGUUCUCAACGCAGACAGUCGGCCUUGUCCAAAGUCUGUACAGCACGGGAACAGUCACGUCCAUCCCUGGAUCUCCGGGUUAUUUUCUGGCAUCUUACAUACUCUACGUCGCUCAGGAUUAUUCUUCAUAUGUGAAGCAGACAGGAAACGAUAUUUCGGGGAGCCCAUUCCGGCUUGUUGUGCUCCCUGGAGUGAGUUGCGGGUCAAAGUCAACGCUGAGUGGCUCUGGGUUGACUGCAACGACCGUGGAGCCCUCAGUGACUCAGUUUCAAAUCCAGCUGAGAGAUUCCUUCGGAAACACGCUCAACGCCUCGGCUGCGACAGCGAGCAGUUACUUCGUACGAGUCGUGCGGACGUCUGGCUCUAACAUACAGGGCACCCCCUACCUACCUCCCUACUAUGGCUCGACGGCGAUCAAUGAGCCAGGGGAUAUCCCAACCGUUACGGCCUCCCUCGCUGCUGUUGAAGCAACAGGCCUCAUCCUCGCUUCCUACAUCAUCCCGGCCAUCCCAUCCCCAGCUGGGCAGGUGGCUGCUGCCAGUUGUUCACUACUUGUACGCGUCAUGGCUCGACGCUGUGGAGUGCAAGCAACGUACUACUCGGCUUCUUCCAUCACCACAUCUCUCCCUGCACCCUGUGACCUGUGCAGCCUCGAGGCCAAGUAUCCAAGCAGCAUCUCCACUGGGACCACCUCCACGUACCCACCGCAGCUCGAUCCUGCUCUCGUUGGCGCCGGCAGCGUGUGCGGGGUACAGUUGUGCGAUCUGGUCAUCCGAUGGUCGGGUGUGAUCUCCGCAUGUGAGGCCGUCGCAUCCUGUCAAGGGUCUCCUGAUUACACGGUACCUCAGCCAACUGGUUCAGCCACAUUCCAGGGAGCAGGAGUCAAGUUUGAUAUCUUUGCCGAGUACUACAGGCCACGAGACUACUAUGCUGCUUCUACCGUCUCGCUCGAGGAUACUGGUUCACAAGACGGCAGCUUCCAGCCCAUCGCAAGCUCACGCUUGUACCAAACCGAGGAUGCCGACGGGUCUCCUACCCUUGUAAAUUUAUAUGCCUGA